AUGCUGACAGCCUUAGCUCUCCAACCGUCGUGUUUAACCCAGAUCUGGGUAUCUUCAAAAGGGGGAGCCGACUCGGGUAUCGUCCUCGGCAACCCGCACGAUACGGGCUGCUGGCCUGGCGGCAGAGACCUGGCUACCACCUUCUCACCUGCAAUCUGCCCGUCAGGAUAUGUGAGUGCAUGCGAUAUCACGUCAAGCCACAGUACCGACGAGACCGUGUGGGCGUGCUGUCCAACCCAGUUUAGCUGUGAUGGCGGUUACUACUCCUGCCUUUCGGGUUUAAAGCCCGGGGACACAAGGGUAUACACCGUGACCGACACCGAUCGCCUCGGAAAUACUUUCACAACGACGUGGUCAACAGACGGAGGGAUAAAUGCGCACUCGAUUAAAGUUGCGUUUCAUUCAUCUGAUAUUGUCGCGACUUCCACGUCGACGCCAGUGGAUUCCGCAAACUUGUCAACAGGCGCUGCUGCCGGAGUAGGGGUCGGGGUCGGCAUUGGUGUAUUCCUUUUGUGCUUCGGCGUUUCGUGGCUCGUGUUGGGACGGUAUAGACGCAAACGACUCGCCACGGCUCGCGAGCAAGUUGCUCCCCAGCAACUCCUAGGAGGAUUAGACUCUCGUGGCUAUCGUAUGGACCCGUUGUCGAUGGGCAUAACUGAGUUGGAUGGCUCUUCGCGCUUACAAGAGUUGGGGACGAAGAGAAAGACGGGUGAACUUCCAGCUAGUUAG